CCUCUAGCUUGUAGUGGAUUUUUGAGACUCACCGUUUUCCUCUAGACGGCCUGUCCUGUUGGUAUUCGUUCCAGUAGUGAGCGGUACUAGGUGCCGUGUGGUCGCAUGUUCAAGUCUUCCGUGCCACUACGUUAUAUAUACAGUCUGCCUCUCUUAAAAGUUGUUGUGUUAGUUUUGAUUUUCUACAGGUGCCGCCACGCCAAAAAGAAGGGGCAAGACAAUUUGAUUGAAACGAAGGAAUGAUGUGCCCAACCGUGUAUAACAUUGCAGACAAAUUCCUACUGUCUGUUUCGACUGCAAUCGUGCUGUUAUGAUUGUAAAAGAGGUUUUCUAGAGGGUCACGUUUUUCUGAUCGCUGCCGCUCUUCUUGCCUCUGGUUGCCUCUUCCUGUUGUGUGAAUUUGGGGCGGGAUCGGUUUUUUUUCUUCUUCUUCUUCUUUCAUUUGGAAUAUAGGAGAAAUCUGGAACACCAGUUGGAGUACCGUUGCUUUUGAAAAUCGGAAAAAGAAAACUGGAGCCGCGUUUAAGACUUAUAUCCUCGCCCGUCUUCCAUUUUCUCCACUCUUUCCCUGCUGUGUUGUUUCCCCUCGUGUCAACCCUAACACGUUAUCUACGACCAGGAGAGUGGCAAAACAAUGCCGGCCUACCUGGAGUGAGUUGAUCGUAUUCAAAAUUGUGAAGCCUUCCUAGCGGAUUCGUUGCCUCAACUUUUCAGGAUCUCGCCUCGGUACCGGCUUGCGAUGGAUAUCCGAUGUGCAAUGGGGUUGUUUCUUCUUUCGUUCUUGCCUCUAGUUCUCUCUGCGAGUCAACCACAAAAUAAUCUGACAACUCCUAGCUACCAAAUCAGUCGCAAACCCUGCUACGUGAAAGGCCAAGAAGGAACGUGCAUGUUCGUAUGGGAAUGUGUCAAAACGGAGGGCACACCUUUGGGCAUGUGCAUGGAGCGAUUCAUGUUCGGUAGCUGCUGCGCUCACGACCUGGACAACAAUGUCGUUCCAAAACCAUCCCUGUCGUCGAUGAUUGCCACCAUGGCGACCAAUUAUCCAACGCCAGUAGGUUCUCCAAAUGUCAUCGGAGCAGCUAAACCCAACAAUCUUCCAGUUUCCAUGCUGACGACGCUGAUCGCGUCGAUCCCUACCUGGAAGGGAAACAGCACCAACGAAACCGCACCGGAAUCCGAGAAAAUUCCAAGCCCUGGGCUGCCGUCAUUAGCAGUGUCAAAUUGGCUUUCAGAUAACACGUCAACGGAUUCAACUUUGUCUAACGAACUUACAUCGACUGCUAGUCCAAUAAGCCACAACACGGUUACAUUAUCGCCAUCGCAAACGACAACUCCGCUGAUUAUUGUGUCGACGACAUCCGUGCUGGCAUCCGCCACUAGAACUCCAACUCCAUCGACGCCAGCGGAAUCGACCACAAAGCCGCAAGGUAGUCAACCCACACUAGGCCCUAUCAAAUUACGUCCCAAGCCCUAUCGACGGACGACGACACGCAGAGCUGCUUUGCCAACGGUUGCAACCGGAAUUAGUACUAACCCUCCGCUUGUUUCUUCUUCCACAGCCAUGGCACCUACGAACCAGGCGUUGGCUUCCGCACAACCAGCACCUACAAUUGCACCGUCACUCAACCUACUCAUUCCCAAUAACCUUCUGAACCCGAUAGCGGUCCCGGUCUCGUCUACCGCUAUAACGAAGCCACAGAAUUCCGAUGUUUUAGUCGCCUCACCUGUGCCAAUUUCUCACCCUUCACCUUUAACCUCUGAAUCAAAUUCAACGAUUCUAACAUCUGCGAUUGAGCUUCCCGAUUCCCCUUCUUCGCUUAAUGAACUUAAUUCCACCGCUGAUAUCCCAAUCACGAUCCCCACGGCUUCCAAUCAGCCGAUUGACGAUCCUUUGACUAAUGCUCACGUCACUUCAGGGGUUACGUCAACCACCGAAGCCGAUUCGACCGAGUCGCAGAGCGUUCCAUUGAACAACCUGUCCAACCAUACGACUACUACUACUUCUUCUUCCAUCGUUGCAUCUACUGCUGCUGCAUCACUUGCAUCUAACGAAAUCACCGAUGUGACCGAGACGGCGACAGUCUCCGUAACUCCGUCGGUUCAGAACACUUCCACCAGCACUGAAAGUUCCAGUAAGAAACCUGGAACCAGUGUAACGCCCACUAGUUUCAGCAAUUCCACCAGCAGCACGGAAAGCACGAAGAAACCCACUUUGGCCGUUACUUCACUGCCUAGCAGCUAUCCAGAAAUCGAAUGUGGUGUACCUCCUAUGCUAGCAGAAAUUGCAAGAGGAGAAAGGAUUGUGGGAGGCAACAAUUCGAAAUUCGGCUCUUGGCCCUGGCAGGUGUCUGUUCGGCGGACUUCCUUUUUCGGAUUCUCUAGCACGCAUCGCUGCGGAGGAGCUCUCUUGAACGAAUUGUGGGUUAUAACGGCAGGACAUUGUGUCGAAGAUCUUCUCGUCUCGCAAAUUCGAAUGCGUAUGGGGGAAUUCGAUUUCAGCAGCGUGCAAGAGCCAUACCCAUUUGUUGAACGCGGAGUCAAUAAGAAGAUCGUUCAUCCCAAGUACAAUUUUUUCACAUACGAGUAUGAUCUUGCGUUGGUUCGGCUAGAAGAACCGAUCACCUUUCAGCCAAAUAUUGCACCAAUCUGUCUGCCAGCAAUGGACGAGUCUUUAAUCGGCCAAAACGGUACGGUCACAGGAUGGGGUCGUCUCUCGGAAGGAGGAACAUUACCCUCAAUGCUUCAACAGGUUACAGUUCCUAUAGUUAGCAACGAUAAAUGCAAGGAUAUGUUCCUAAAAGCUGGACGCCAUGAAUACAUUCCUGAUAUAUUUAUGUGCGCCGGAUUCGAGGAAGGAGGAAGAGACUCUUGUCAGGGCGACUCGGGUGGUCCAUUGCAAAUUCGUGGCCGUGAUGGCAAAUAUUUCUUGGGAGGCAUCAUCAGCUGGGGUAUUGGAUGUGCUGAGGCCAAUCUUCCGGGAGUUUGCACGAGAAUAUCCAAAUUCACAAGUUGGAUUCUGGAAAAUGUGACGUGAAGAAUUCCGAAAAACCAUUAAUGUGAUAUAUUAUAUGAAAUUAUGCCGUACUGCUAUCAUCUUCAUUUGACUGCAUCAAACACAGAAUGUGACGAAUUCUGUUUACCCAAUUUUUUUCUUUCAAUUUCGUAGCUGGCCUACUGUCAAAAGGAAAAUCGUAAAUGACUUUCUCCCACAGUGCUAUUGAUCCAAAGAGUAGGCAGCAACUGUCCAUUUAUAAAUGAAGUAUUGAUUAUUUCAUCGAUCGACCUUUUGUUGGUUCUUGUUCGAGAAAAUCUUGAUGUAUCGUUAAUUUGCAUAUGCGUUUCCCAUCAUCUCUGGAGGUCUGAAGGAAUGCACUAUGCGUCACUGUAAAUAGGUUACUAUUUUUCAUUUCUUUUCGCUGUCCAUUUCCAAUCCAGUUCUUUUUUAUAAUGUUUCGUUUCGAGUUGUGAAUUGCAACGUGUCUGUAUAGUGUAGAUAGUGAUACAAAUCUUUAAACGA